CUAAUAGCUGACGUGGUUUGUGCACAUGCGCAGUGCGUUCCAAGACCGCAGCGAGUAUUUUUAAAAUAAAGCCACCCGUAACGAGACAUGGCGUCAAUCCUCCUCAGCAAAGACAACACCCUGGCAAUGAGGAGAAGGUUAAUCGGGCAAUCGUGCAGACUUUUUUAUUCAGACGAUCCAGUUAAGAUUGUGAGAGCGAGGGGACAAUAUCUUUUUGACGAGAACGGACAGCGCUAUUUGGACUGUAUCAGCAAUGUCCAUCACGUGGGCCACUGCCACCCCAGUGUUACAAAGGCUGCAUCAGAACAAAUGGACCUUCUGAACACCAACACCAGAUUCCUGCACGACAACUUAGUCCUGUAUGCAGACCGCCUGGCUGCCACCUUGCCCGACAGACUCUCGGUCUUCUACUUUGUCAACUCCGGCUCCGAGGCCAAUGAUCUGGCUCUGCGCUUGGCCCAGCAGUACACCCAACACGAGGACGUCAUCGUUCUCGACCAUGCCUACCACGGUCAUCUCAAGUCCCUCAUCGACAUCAGUCCGUACAAGUUCCGGAAACUGAGCGGACAAAAAGAAUGGGUCCAUGUGGCCCCUUUACCAGACACCUACAGAGGUGUGCACAAAGACAUGCCCGAUCCAGGACAAGCGUAUGCCGAUACAGUCAAAGACUUGAUAGAGGAGGUGCACCUCAAAGGUCGAAAGAUUUCGUCCUUCUUUGCUGAAUCCAUGCCGAGCGUGGGAGGACAACUCGUUUUGCCCCAAGGCUACUCAGCCAAAGUUGCAGAGUACGUGCGCGCAGCAGGCGGAGUGUUCGUGGCCGACGAGGUGCAGACAGGCUUCGGACGCACGGGGAGUCACUUUUGGGCUUUUCAGCUGCAAGGUGCAGAUUUCUGCCCGGACAUAGUGACCAUGGGCAAACCUAUGGGCAACGGGCAUCCUGUAGCGUGUCUGGUGACUACAGCGGAGAUAGCAGGAGCCUUCACUGACAACGGUGUGGAGUAUUUCAAUACGUUUGGCGGUAAUCCAGUGUCAUGUGCCAUCGGUCUAGCCGUCCUUGACGUCAUAGAAAAAGAAGACUUGAGAGGAAAUGCCACAAGGGUUGGCACACAUCUUAAGCAUUUGUUGUCAACGCUUAAAACCAGACAUCAAAUUAUUGGAGACGUAAGAGGAGAGGGACUUUUUGUUGGAGUUGAGCUGGUUGAAGACAGACAACUCUUGACACCUGCCACUAAAGCUGCAGCACAACUGGUUAAAAGGCUUAAAUUGGAGGAUCGUAUCUGUGUGAGCACGGACGGCCCCUGGGACAGCGUGGUGAAGUUUAAACCUCCCAUGUGCUUCAGUAUGGAGGACGCUGAGCUGGUGGUGCAAUGUAUCGACCGCAUUCUCACAGACAUGGAAGCCAGCCACUGAUGUGAAACUAGAAAAGGAAGACAUCUAAUGAAAGGAAUCAGCAGCCAUUUUGCAAUACUGUUAAUGUAUGCAGAAUCCAUUUGAAGGAACCGCCCAAAGACAUCUCUACACUACUGUUACCUUUGCAGAUUGUGUAACAAAUAUGCAAGUAAAUUGUGUUUUUUAUAAAUAAAUUAGCAACAUUAAAAAAAUAAAUUUCUUGCAUCAGUACUGCUCAGACAAAUCUUUUCAAUGCACAUUAUUAAAUAUAAGCACUUA